AUGAAAGAUGAGCUUCAAAGGCUCAAUGAUGCCGUUCCUCGUAUCCUAGCUGUUGUGGAGAUGGCUGAGAGCGGGCAGCAAGAAAUUACUGGAGCACUCAAGAAAUGGCUGUGGCAACUAAAAGAUGCGUUGGAUGAGGCUGAGAACGUACUUGAUGAGCUUGAUUACCUUAAGCUACAGAAACAAGUUGAGGGGAAAGCCUCAGAACAUGAGAAAGCCUCAGGCAGCAAAGAACAUGGUUAUAGUGGCAGGGGUAAAGUGCGUGGUUUUCUCUCCGAGUCUACACGGAAAGUUGGCGAAGCCUUCAAAUCUGAUCCCACCCUCGAGAGACUGAGGGGGGCUGUGAAAAGGCUAGAUGAAGUCGCGGCGGGCGUGGGAGAUUUCAUCUCUACACUACAACUACUAGAAUUCCAACGACUGCAUCAACAACAUCAAACUCAGAGCACAGUUCCCGAUAGUGAAACUGGAUCAGGUCCAACUGAGAUCCGGGUUCCUGAUCGUAAUGCUGGACCAGAUCUAACUGAGGGAAAAGUGUUUGGACGAGAUGAAGAGAGGGAGGAACUGUUAGAGUGGUUGAAAAAGGAUGAGAGCAGUACAAGUGUAUCUCUUUUUUCCAUUAUUGGCCUUGGAGGAGUGGGCAAGACCACCCUCACACAACUCGUCUAUAAGGACGACAGCUUAACUAAUUCCUUCGAUCACAAGAUCUGGGUGACUGUCUCCACUCACUUUGAUGUCGAAAAGGUCAUGGCAGAUAUAAUAGAAUUCGCCGAGACAAAGAGACCUAAAGUCACAGAACUUCCCGCUCUGCAAAAAGCUCUUAAGAAACUGGCAUCGUCCGGGAAAUUUCUCCUUGUCUUGGAUGACGCAUGGAAUGGUGACAAUCGUUCUGGGUGGGGUAAAUUGUUUGCUCCUUUGACGAGCGGCCAUAAAGGAAGCAAAAUCUUGUUAACUACUAGAAGUGUGACAGUUGCAAAAAUGGCUGCAUCGGCUUUGGGGGCUUUGGGGGGAUCAAGAAAUGAGCCAAUGAAACUAAAACCUUUAGAUGAUGACAAGUUCCUAUCACUUUUCAACCAAUAUGCAUUUGCUGGUGUAGACUCUUGUGAUUAUAGGAAGUUGGAAUCCAUUGGCAAGAAAAUAGCAAGAAGGCUCGGGGGCUUACCAUUGGCUGCAAAGACGAUUGGGGCGCUAUUGAAUACUGAGUUAGAUGAUCGUCAUUGGAACGGAAUUUUGCAUGCGGACAAUAUAUCCGAUCAAGCACAGAAGAGGGAUGGUGUGAUGACAGUUUUGAUGUUAAGCUACCAUCAUUUACCAAUGCACUUAAGACCAUGUUUUGCUUAUUGCAGCAUUUUCCCUCAAGAUUAUGAGUUCAAUAAAGAUGAUCUAGUCUUCAUGUGGAUGGCUCUUGGCCUCAUUCAAAAAUCUUCCCACCAGACACUGGAGGACACCGGAAGGGGCUACUUCGACUAUUUAGUGAAACUAUCAUUACUCGAACAACUUCAAUACAGCGACGGCUACAACAUGCAUGAUCUUUUGCAUGAUCUAGCACGUAAAGUGUCUGAUGGUGAUUGCUUUAGAUUUGUCGGAGACAUGUCAAUUGACAAGAUCCCGAAUACGGUACGUCAUCUACAUUUUGAAACCGACAAACUUGACCUUCUUAAAGAUGUGGGCAAAUGGAAGAAUCUCCGCACGCUUGUGUUAGUCUUCAGAGGAUAUGUUAAUGAGCAUGCUAAGGCUUUUGAAGACGCGUUUAAGUCACUGGAAAGCAUUCGGGUGCUGCGCCUAGAUGUUGACGGCAUGAACGUAUUGCCAGAGGCAAUUGGUAACCUGAGGCAUAUUAGAUAUUUGUCGAUUUGUCAUCAGAUUUCUCGGUUACCUAGUUCAUUCUGUAGGCUCUACCAACUGCAGGUCCUUGUCUGUCGUCAUGAUAGUACUGCUACUGAGACUGUUCUUGGCUUGAAUAAUCUUAUUAGUUUGAGACACUUGAUACCAUGUGGAGCUUACUAUGAAAAAAUCGAGGGGAUCGGGUCAUUAACUUCACUUCAAGGUUUGUCGUUCGCUGCUGAAGCCUACAAAUUGAGCGAAUUGAAGGAGAUGAGAGAUUUGCGGGAACUGAAGAUCCGUGGCCUUGAGAGUCACAAUCAUCACGAGGAAGUCAGUACUAUCGAGUUGCAUCGUAAAAAGAACCUCCUCAAGUUAGAGCUGGUUCGGUUUGAUGACAGUGAUGUGGCCGAUGAGUAUGAACAGAUGUUUGAUCGCCUGCAGCCACCUGAUGGCCUCAGGGAACUGAAAAUCAACGGAUACCAAGGCGCCAGGUCUCCAUGUUGGAUGGACCCAGACCUAUUAAUAAAUCUGGAGCGCGUGAGCCUUGAAUGUGGCAGGGCAUGGAAGCACCUUCCUUCUCUCGGGAAGCUCCCGUACCUCACGCGUUUGACAUUGUCGGCACUGCCAUCCCUUCAGCAAAUUAACUGUGAAGGUGGCUUUCAACAACUAAAGCAGUUAUCUAUUUAUGAUUGUGAGCAAUGGGAGGAGUGGUGUGGAUUAGAAGCAGAGGCGGUACCCUGGUGCCCUCUCCUCAAGGAACUUGUCAUCAGGAAGUGUCCCAGACUGAAGGCGCUGCCCCCCCUGCCCCUCGGUCUCCAAUCAUUGGAGUUGGAAGACGUGGGAUUGUCUGAUUCCCCGACGUUCUGGGUGGGCAGCAGCUGCGGUGAGCUCUUCGUCCGCGUCCUCUCCCUCCCUCUCUGAUUUGAUGAUAAAAAA